CUUAGUUGGAACUUUGUAGACCAACUUUUAUGACUUCAAAAAGUAGUUGCUCUGCCAUCAAUCCUUACUAAUUAGUAAUUACUAUACUUGGUCUUUCUGCUUCGUUCACCCGCAAACUCAUGCCUGUUGAUUCUCUUUGCUCUUUUUCGUCAGCUCUUUUCAACUACUCCCAAAUUUCUGUUGUUUGUGCAGAAUAUAAUCAUUUCAUACAGUAUGACGGAAUUAAUGGACCUUCCUAUUGAUUUAAUGAUUGAUAUACUCUUAAGAUUGUCCGCAAAACCCUUGAUGCAAUUCAAGAGUAUUUGUAAAUUAUGGUAUUACAUAAUUAGUGCCCCUCAAUUUGCUGACCUUCAUCUUGCUCAAACCCUAGCUCAAUCCAAUCCGAAUCUUCGCUUUGUUUUUUCAGCUCCCCAUCUUUCUAUAGCUGAAUUUGAUACUUUCGAUCGAAUUACUGAGCUCAAUAACCCAUUUCGGAAUCAGGGUUUUGCUCAUGUGGUGGGUUCUUGUCAUGGAUUGAUUUGCUUAUGUAAUUAUGAUUUACACCUUACUAUACUCUUGUACAAUCCCACGACUCAAACUCACAAAAAACUCCCCUUUUUGCCUAAACCGUCGACCUUAUCUCACCGGUACUCAUUUGGGUUUGGCUACGAUGAUAUUUCGAGGGAUUACAAGUUUGUUAGGAUUCUCCAAUCCGAUGAGGGGACAGGUCCUUUUAAGAGCCAAGUCAUGGUUUAUAGCUUAAAAAUGGACUCAUGGUUAAGGGCUCCAGAUGUACCGCGGCCAUUUUCUUCUUGUCGUGAAGACGGUGUCCUUGUGAACGGAAAUUUGCAUUGGAUACAUGAAAGUUUUAAUGGGAAAGAAAAGGAUUAUUCGAUUGUUGGGUUUAGUCUAGUGGACCAUAGUUUCAUUGAGGUUCCGCAGCCUACAUUUGAGGAAGAGUUCAUUAACUUGCGUGUAGGAAUGCUUGAUGCGUGUUUAUGUCUCAUGGUGAAUGACUUGGAUUACUCAGAUAUAUGGAUCAUGAAGGAGUAUGGUGUAGUAGAGUCAUGGACUAGGCUGUUCAAAGUUAAGCAAACAAAGCAACACUUGUUUCUCGAGUGGCCUAUUGCUUAUUCAUUAAAUAGACAGAGCCUGUUUCUGCAGCUUAACACUUGGAGGGUUGUAUCACUCAACUUGCAAACCAUGGGGGUCAAAGAUGUUAAAGUCUGUGACUUUCCGAGAUGUUUUGACACACAAGUAUGUAUAGAGAACCUUAUAAUGCUCAAGGAUUCUGGCAGUGCAACUUUGGAGACUGAUUAUCUGCAGGAAAAGAAAAGGAGGCGAAGGAGGAAACAGUUGCGUCAUCAAAGAAAUAAUAGUGUUGAUGAAAUCAUGGAUGACAAUAGGGAAAAUUAAUGUGCUGAAGACGAUGAAAAGGGAGGAAUGCUAAUUAGUGUUCCCAUGAGUGAACUUUUCUAAAAAUAAUUUCCUCAUGGUCAUCAUAUCUUCUGAGUUAGCCUGCUGCCACUUGUGCUUGAAGCCAUCAUCCAGACUUCAGACAACAGAAGACUGUAAAGCAAAUAAGAAAAACUGAAAGGUUUCGUUAUUUUAAAGUUUCGACUAAAGCUUGAAUUAUAUUUUGUAAAUUGUAUGUAAAGUGCAUUCGGUGGUAUGCUGUACAUUUUAUCGAACUUCUAAACGUACAUUCUGGAGCAUGAUUCUGUCUCCACAGAAGCUUGAAUUGUACUUCUAUCUUGUGAAUUAUGGAGUAUGUAAUAUACACUCUGUACAUAUUAUCGAACUUCAAAAUGUACAUUCUGGAGCUUGAUUUCGUCUCCAGUCAUAAUAAGAUUGCAGUGUCUAAAA